CGCUCUGUUUCCGGAUGUGGUGAACUGUAUGCAGACAGAUAAUGUUGAAUUGAAGAAGCUGGUUUAUCUGUAUCUAAUGAAUUAUGCAAAAAGCCAACCAGAUCUUGCUAUCAUGGCUGUCAACACUUUUGUUAAGGAUUGUGAAGAUCCAAACCCGUUGAUUCGUGCUCUGGCCGUGCGAACAAUGGGUUGUAUAAGAGUCGAUAAGAUCACGGAAUAUUUGUGUGAACCUUUGCGUAAAUGCAUGAAAGAUGAGGAUCCGUAUGUUCGUAAAACUGCGGCAGUAUGUGUUGCGAAAUUGCAUGACAUCAAUGCAUCACUGGUGGAGGACCAGGGUUUCGUGGAUUUGCUCAACGAUUUGUUGAGCGAUUCGAAUCCAAUGGUAGUGGCAAAUGCCGUAGCAGCUUUGACGGAAAUCAACGAAUCUCAUGUACUUAUUGAGAUUAACUCCCAAACAAUCAACAAACUGUUGACAGCACUGAAUGAAUGCACCGAAUGGGGCCAAGUUUUCAUUCUUGAUGCGCUCUCUUCCUAUCAGCCAAAAGAUGAGCGCGAAGCACAGAAGUAUGUUUUUUUUGUGACUAUGUUUUUUAUGUUUGUUUUUUUUUUAAUGUUUUUUUUUUUUUUUCAUCAGUGAUC